GCUCCCUGGGAAGGCGGAAGUGGAGAUGGUGCUGCUGGAGCUGGAGGAAUGUCUGAAAGAUUCACCCAGAUUCAGGGUGACACUCCACCAGAUGGAGAACGAUGCCGUGGACCUAGAAGGGAAGCUGGAGAAAGUGGUGAACGUGUGUGAGGCGAUGGUGGAUUCAGGACGAGCAUACACCUCGGCCAACAAGCGGUUCCUGGAGGCUGUUCAGGAGCUGGCACACAGCCUGAAGGAUGAAGCAGUGACGAACAUUCUGGAGCAGUGUGUGGAAGGCUUGCAGGAGAUGAUGGAGUACCACACACUAUCUGUUACCCUGAAUAUAAUAUAA